AUGGCCUGCAGAGCCAACACUGAGCUGAAACCUCAGAGCUUUAAAUUCACAGUUCUCUCUGAGCAGAUAAACAAACUUGAGGAGGACAAAUCUACUUCACAUGUGACAGACUCUGCCUCUGAACCUGAUGCAGUCCCUGAUGCUAUUCUACGGGUUGAAGGAGAGAGUUUUUAUGUCAACCGUCAACGCCUGGCCCUUCAGAGUCCCUACUUCAGGGCGCUGUUUUUUGGCGGUGGCCUGGAGAGCAGCAAAAAGAGAGUGGAGAUCAAGGGUGUGAGUCUGCAGCAUUUUAGGGUUUUGAUGGAAUACAGCAAGACACAAAGUCUGGCUCUGGACAGAGAAAAUGUUCUGGGGAUCCUUGAGACUGCUGAUUUUUUACAACUGGAGCGAGCAAGGCUGCUGUGCUGCAAGUAACUGGAGCGUGAGCUGCAUCUCAGUAACUGCCUGGGAAUGAUGGCCUACGCCUGGCAGCUGGGCUGCACUCAGCUCUAUGCCGCAGCACGACAGGUGGUGCUCACACAUUUCUCUGCUAUUGUGGCUGAGGAGGACUUCCUGUCCUUGUCUAAGGAGAGCGUAGCAGACCUUCUUGCCUGUGAUGACCUGGCCAUCUUUAAAGAUGAUCUGGCCCUGGAGGCCACCCUACGCUGGGUGUCAUUUGACCCCAAACGAGAGGAAUAUUUUCAGGAGCUCGUGGAGCUGGUGAGGCCUGAGUCGCUCUCUGUACCAUUUGUCACUGAACUUUUGAUCAAAAUGAAAAGCUCUGACCCCGUAGCCAAGCUCAUCUGCAAGCUGGAUGAACAUUUCCCAGCAUCUUGGUCAAUAGGAAGGUCAGUGAAGAGGAUCAGGGCCAGAGAGACCCUCUUUGUCCUGGGUGGACCUCACGAUCAGGAGCAGCAGGCACUGUACCAGUUUCACCCGCACAGUGGAAGAUGGCAGAGCUGUGCACCUCUGCAGAGGAAGAACCUCACACAGUAUUCAGUAGCUGCAGUAGGAGACAAGGUGGUCGUGACAGGCGGCUACUUCCGGGACGUGCUGUGGUUCAGUGUGGACUGGGUCAGGAUAUACGAAUGUGGGAACCAGCGCUGGGUGGAUGGGCCGGCCCUGCAGAAGUCCAGGCACAGCCACUGCUCCAUAGGGCUGGACUCUGUACUGUACGUCCUGGGGGGCAGCAUGGACGAAGGGCUUGUGGCUAACGUGGAGAGGUUGGUCCUGGGGUCAGAGGAGGGCUGGGUGGAGGUCAGCCCCUUGGUCAGGGCUGUGGAGAGAGCCGCCACUGCUGCUCUGGGGUUGUAUAUCUACGUGGCAUGUGGCCUGGAUGAAAACGGGGAGGUGUAUGGUGGAAUUCAGAGGUACAUGGUGAAGGAGGAUCACUGGGAUGUGGUCUCCUAUUCUCCGUUUCCACGAUAUGACCUGGUUGCCACAGAGCUCAACGGUGCCCUCUACCUGUUUGGAGGCCUCGCCUUGCGCUUUGACGUGGAGACAGAUGAGUGGACUGUGCUAGAGGAGGAAAGUCUGGACAGGAAGUUUUUCUGUGGCUGCACAACAGUCACUGGACAGAUAUACUUGGUCAGCGAGAGAAAGAGUAACAAAGCAUUCCCAAACAUGGUGCUGAUGGACCCCUACAUAGACACCUGCAUUGAGGUAGAUGAUGCCAUACCCUGCCCGGUGCCCCUCAGAGGGUGUGUCACCAUGAGGAUGUUUCUGUGACUGAAGGAAAGCACGUUCAUCUUGUUUGUGGUUCUGUUAAAGACUGUACUGAAUAAUUCAAAGCCUCCUUCAUGAUGUUGACGUUUGAAUUCGAAAUCCAAAUUCAGAUGCUACACAGCUUUUUUUUUGCAUGUUUAUUAAUUCUUUUUAACCCCAGUAUUUCUGCACAGUUGCGCAUAAAGAUGAGCACAAACUAAUAUUAAUAGUAUUAUAUUAUUUGUGUAUAAUGAGAUAUUCCAGUGGUGGUUGCAUAGGAGUGUUUCCGACUUGUGUGAUCCAAACCUUUUCAGUAUCUCCAGAGCAUUGCAAAAUAUCUAAAAGUCAAAAGAAAGGAAGUGUUUAUCUCAUGAUAUGUUCUGCUUAAACCCAUAUUUGUUGGUGUUUGCUCUCCUUCUUGUCGCGCACAAAGGAAGGCACGCACCUGUAUUAAUGAGGCGGUCUAGCUGGGUACAGAUCUUCCUAUAGGCAACAUAGGCAGCUGUCACAUAAAAAAACAAAAAUCAAAAAAACAUCCGACACAAGUGAAAUUGUGGAGUAGAGUGUAUGUGGAAAGAGUUUGAGUAAGAAAAAAUUAAUAGGCAAAAGCCUUUCUGGCUGCAGUAUAAGAGAACAAGAUGAAAUUUUCACACACCGUAUUUUCUUAUUGUUUGUUACUUAUUAUUGUUGUUUGUCACCUGUUUAUUUGUGUUGAUUUUUCAUUAGGUCUUU